GAGAAGGACUUUUUUUUAUUAUUAUUAUUACUUAUUACUUUGCUGCUCGUAUCAACUUUUGUGUGUUGUUGUGUGUGUGAUUUUUUUUUCAACCAACCAACCAACUCCCCCCCUCCCACCCACACCCCACACCCCACCCCUAAGAAAAAAGGACAGUUGGAGCCGGAGAAGGCCAAUUUGUUUUGGGUUUGGGGAGGAGUGAGUCAGAACAGAACAGAAGAGAAGAGAGAGAGAGGAGAGGAGAAGAAGAAGAAGCGACUUCUACAUGAAGACCUCUUGGCUUCAGACAGACUGCACAGUUACUUUGCUUUGAAACUCUUUCGCUGCAGUUGUCUUUUGGUGACCCCCCGAGUGGGAAAGACUUUGCACUCCCGAGAGAGACAGAGAGAGAGAGAGAGAGAGACACACACAGCCCCAGACCCAGAGUGAGAGAGACCCAGAGAGUUUGGGCAGUUUGGUUUGACUGUUCCUUCUCUAUGUCUACGAGGAUGGAGCAGCCUUUUUACCACGACGAUGCCUUCGGGCAGCCGGAGAGCGCUGCCUAUGGAUACAGCCCCAAGUUCCUGAAGCAGAACCUGACCCUCAACCUGUCGGACCCCAACAGCAGUUUGAAACCCCACCUGAGGAACAAGGGCGCCGAAGGCAUCCUGACGUCCCCGGACGUGGGGCUCCUGAAACUGGCCUCCCCCGAGCUCGAGCGGCUCAUCAUCCAGUCCAGCAACGGGAUGGUCACCACCACCCCGACCCCCACGCAGUUCCUCUGCCCCCGGAAUGUCACCGACGAGCAGGAGGGCUUCGCCGAGGGCUUCGUCAAGGCGCUGGAGGAGCUCCACAAGCAGAACGUUUUGCCCACCGCGGCGACCUGCCCGGGCACCCCGCCCGCGGGGACCACCCCGACCCCGGCCCCGGGCCCGGCCCCGACCUCAGCCCCGACCCCGACCCCGACCCCCGGGUCCUCUCUGCCCAACUCCGCACCUCCGUACAACUCCAACCUGCACCAGGAGCCGCCGGUCUACGCCAACCUCAGCAACUUCAACCCCAACGCCAUCGGCGGCUACAGCGGCGACAUGAACUACACACCUUCCCAACAGCAGCCUCAGCACCAGCACCAUCACCAUCACCAUCACCACCAGCACCAGCAGCACCAGCACCCCCCGCCCCCGCCCCCGCCCCUCGCCCCGGGCGCCCCGCUCCCCGGGCAGCUGCACCCCAGGCUCCAGGCGCUGAAGGAAGAGCCUCAGACUGUGCCCGAGAUGUCCGGGGAGACGCCGCCGCUGUCGCCCAUCGACAUGGAGUCGCAGGAGCGCAUCAAGGCGGAGAGGAAGCGCAUGAGGAACCGCAUCGCCGCCUCCAAGUGCAGGAAGAGGAAGCUGGAGCGCAUCGCCAGACUGGAGGACAAGGUCAAGAGCCUCAAGUCGCAGAACUCGGAGCUGUCCUCCACCGCCAACCUCCUGCGGGAGCAAGUGGCCCAACUCAAGCAGAAGGUCAUGAACCACGUCACCAGCGGCUGUCAACUCAUGUUAACCCAACAACUGCAGACCUUCUGACCGCCCCCCGCGGGGGGGGAG